GGUCACUGGCAGCCCUGCCUAACAUGCUGCUGAUUUGUUUCUAGGUGAGCUUUCUGGAAGGAUAUUUCAAAUUACUAAGGAGAGUGAUUUGAGGCAUUGUUUAUUAUGGCUCAUCCGAAAACGCCCUGCACAUCUCUCGAGGGCAAAAAAGUAAACGUCUCUGCACCCAAGGAAGAGACAGGACUUCCUGAAAUAAGACAUAGAAAAAAUAUGGUGGAUCGCGCAAAACCCUGUCCAACUCCCCUUCAGAAUGAGUUCAUCCCUCAGGAAGUUCUUCUUUCUCUGACCUCUGCAGCCAAUGCUGGUUCUUGUCCUGAAAACUUACUGCCUCUUAAAACUAAAACCCCAAAGGGCACCCUUCCGCGCACUGUCGAUCACGUCUGGCAUCACCCUAUUCGAAGGAAUAAGUUCAAAUAUCUGAUUGACCAUCCUGUUUCCCUAACGGGAGCUGGAAGGGAUAUUUCUUUUCUGUACGAUGUUAAAUAUGUUAAAGGAGAGCCCAGGGAGGGUAUACUUUGCCCCCCACGUUCAAAACCUUCAUUACAGUCACAUGACGGUGCCAUUGUGCCUCAUAAGCCAAAGAAACUAACAGAUACUUUGAUUCCUGAAGAAUUUCACAUUGUGUCCAGUACAGGAGUUUCAGGUUUGGAGUGCUAUGAUGACAAAUAUACGACUCUCCUCAAAGAUAGUGAAAACAGGCUAUUGCUCUUCCCAUCCAUGAAACCUAAUAAAAGAGUAGAAGUGGCCCAACUGAAUGAUGUGAUGGAUACUAUGCUAGAGAGGGCUGGUGUGGACAAUCAGGAGUAUACAGGGCCAACUCAGAUGCACAAACUGCUACAUACAUUGAGGAAGGAACAGACUAUUUAUAAUACAGUAUUUCAUGAACUUAUUCGACAAGUCAGUGUGGACUGUGCAGAUAGAGGAGAGCUACUGUCCAAAAUCAGAAUCGUAGAAGAGUACCAUGACCUGUAUAUGUUACAGAGAGGAAGGCUGGAGCACGACAUUAAACAACUGAUGGCAGAAAGAGACAUCUGGAGCACAGCCACUUAUGAAUUGGCCCUAAAGGUAAUUCAAAAAAAUAGAGUCAUUUUGGCUAAAAACCUUUACCUCAAUGAAAAAGCCUGGAAUAAAUAUGCUAAGCAUUUCAUCAUACUGCUGUCAACCAAGGACACUUCGGACCUUGCAUUGUUGCAGAAGUUGACACAGAAAUGGAAAAGCUUAGUGAAUAAAUUUAAACAGGAAGUGGAAGAAAACGAAGAUUCUACAAGGCAGAAAUUGCUCAUAAUUAAGGAUGGCCUUAUCAAAUGGCAGACGUUCUUCAGAACUAACACGGUAGAAGACAUUUUAACCCUUAGUAAAGGAAAUAUAUUUGAAUCAAUUCUUCCAGACUUCAAGAACUGGCUGAAGAUACUGAAUGAAGAUAAAGAGAAGUUUACUGGUAGUUCUCUAGUGUCAAAAUAUGAUUCUCUCAAGAUUAUUAAAUAUUUACAGGAAAACUGGACAGAUGUUGGAUUUGGGAUAUUUCAUCGCCAUAAAAAUAUGGAGGGGUUAAUGCCACCAGAGCUCCAACACAUGGAGGAAAUUAUAAAAAACACAGACAGACUCUACAAAGAAUUUAAAUUAAGGGUAACUGGGGAUAAUGGUAUCUCUAAAAUUCUUUUAAGUUUGAUUAGUACUCUUGACUUCUAUUCUUUCAAGAUCGACCAGCAUCUGGAUUUUCCUGAAGUGCUUCUCGAAGAUUGGGAGGCACUUACUGAAAAAAUUAAUGAAAUGGUAGCUCAGACGGAUAUCUUGUUAAACAUUGUUGGUACUGUUCCACAGAACCUUGACGCAGAUUCUGGCUCGGCACUUGUAGCACAUAUAUACAGCAUGAUUAAACAUUGGCACGUGGAGAUGGGCAAUGAGAUUGCUAAUGGUAACAUUGAACUUCAGCGCCACAUGGAUGAAUUGCAUAUAUCUAUGGUCAAGUGGAUGGUAAAUGUGCUGAUAUUAAUGGUACCUGACUUUACUGACCGAGACAGCCUCCCAGAGUUGGAGAAAGAAAGUGAUGAAAAACAUGAUAUAGGAGUUGCAAAGUUAGAGCUGGACGCAAUUGCACUGGCCAAAAAUCUGUCCCGAUACACCAGUUAUUUGAACGGUUGUUGCAAAGGGAUGGUAACAGCUAUGGCUCUGAGUAUCGCUGGCAGCCUACAAAAAAAUCCUGCUAAGGAACUUCAUGAACUGAAUAACAUGAAGAAGGAAUGUUGUGAGUGGAUCACCACAUGCUCUCGACUCCUCUCUGGGGUCAAAGGCAGAAAAAUAAAGUUAUUGACAGAUGAAGAAGAGGACCACCUGAUUGAAGAAGAGGACAUUAUAAAAGAGUUAAUCCAGGCUAAAAUCGAAAUGCCUUUUAAAGAGGAUAAAGAAGAAGGUACAGAGGAUAAAUUUGAGAAGAAAGAAGAGGAGAAAGCAGAAGAACCUUCAACAUCUACGGAGGAUGAAAAACUCAUUCGAUUCAUUGGAGAAGAUGAAAACGUUUAUUCCAGACCUCUAUCUGGAUCAAAUAGGUUAUCUUCCUGGAGAGAAGCAGCUAAUGAAGGUACAUUGGCCUCAAAGUAUCGUGAAGCAAUAUCUAUAAUUGAACACAUGCAGGACAAGUUAAUAGAGCUUGAAAACCGAGCCAGACAAGCAGAGGAGAAGUUUGAUGACACAAAUGAAAAGCUUCAUUUUACCCUGAUAAGAAAUAAAGAACUGGAGGAAGUAGUGCAGUCUAGGAAGAAGGAGCUGGAAGGAGAAGAAAAACAUGAAGGCGAAAGAGCAGCAGAAGAAGAAAAAGAAGAAGAGGACAUUUCAGCAGGCACUUCCGUAAAACCUUUACAGAGAGAGGUACGACGCAAGGGGAGUACUGUGGGCAGCAAAUCCAAAAUCCGGAUUAAAUCCAGUAAGGGCAAACCAAAGCCACACCCAUAGCGUGCUGGGCCUCGCCGUGGCUCCCCUACCUGCUGGCACCCAGGUAUCUCUGUGCUGUUGAGCUGACACUGUGCCUCAACUGAAGGACUUCCAUUGUAAUAGCUAUGAGAAAAGCCACGACAAACCACACAAAAACAUUUCCUUUCAAAGUCGCAGUGACGCUGUAGGGAAUCAGUAUAUUAGCUU